AUGUCUGAGUCAGAUGAUAUCCUGCUGAGAAUCAUUGAGGGUCAUAAAACCACCCUGAAAAAGAAGUAUGAGUGCUUAUAUGAAGGUGUCGCACUGAAAGAAAACCAAACCCUCCUCAACAGCAUUUACACAGAGCUCUACAUCACAGAGGGAGAGAGUGAAGGAGUGAAUGAGAAACAUGAGGUUUUACAGAUUGAAACAGCAUCCAGGAAAUGGGUUUCUCAAGACAAACCAAUCAGCUGCAAUGACAUCUUCAAACCCUUUCAAGAACCUGGAAUGGACAGACAAAAGCCAGAAAUCAGAACUGUUCUCACCAAGGGCAUUGCUGGAAUUGGAAAAACAGUCUCUGUGCAGAAGUUCAUUCUGGACUGGGCAGAAGGAAGGACCAAUCAGGACAUUGAUUUCAUGUUGGUUCUUCCUUUCCGAGAACUGAACUUGGUUAAAGAUGAAAAGUUCAGUCUUCGUGGACUCCUGUUAGAGUUUCAUCCAGAACUGAAAGACUUGGAUCCAAAGAAAUAUAAUGACUGUAAAAUGCUGUUCAUCUUUGAUGGUUUUGAUGAGAGUCGAAUUCCGUUGAAUUUUUCUGAGAAGCUGUGUGAUGUGACCACAACAUCAUCAGUGAAUAUACUGAUAUCAAACCUCAUCAAGGGAAAUCUUCUUCCCUCUGCACUUAUCUGGAUAACCUCCAGACCAGCAGCAGCCAGUCAGAUCCCCUCUCACUUCAUCAGUCGUAUGACAGAAGUCCAAGGAUUCAGUGAUUCACAGAAAGAGGAAUACUUCAGAAAAAGAGUCAGUGAUGGGAAUCAAGCCAAGAGUAUCAUCUCACACAUCAAGACAUCAGUGAGUCUCCACAUCAUGUGUCACAUCCCAGUGUUCUGUUGGAUUUCAGCCACUGUGCUUCAGGAACAGCUGUGUCAAGACAAUGUAAAAGAGAUCCCUAAAACUCUGACUGAGAUGUACACACACUUCCUGCUCAUUCAGACUAAAAUGAAGAAGCAGAAAUAUGAGGAGAAAAUUGAGAAAGACUCAAAGAUUCUUCUGGAAUCAAGCAAAAGGAUCUUACUGAAACUUGCUAAACUGGCUUUUAAUCAGUUGCUGAGGGGCAAUAUCAUGUUUUAUGAUAAAGAUCUGAGAGAAUGUGACAUUAAUGUGAGUGAUGCCACAGUGUACUCUGGGAUUUGUACUGAGAUCUUUAAGGAGGAAUCUAUGAUUCGUCAGAAGAAGGUCUAUUGCUUUGUGCAUCUGAGUGUUCAAGAGUUCUUUGCUGCUCUCUAUGUAUUUUACUGCUAUGUAAACAAGAACAUGGAGGCACUGGAGUAUUUUAUGCCGACAGAGAUCAGUGAAUCAGACAAUAUAUUCAUGAAGGCACUGGACUUUUUUCUGUUCAAAGUAAAGACAAACAAUGUUCCUUUGGAUAAGUUGCUGAAGGGAGCUGUGGAUAAAUCUUUGGAGAGUAAGGAUGGACGUCUCGAUCUGUUUGUCCGCUUCCUUCAUGGCAUCUCACUGGAGUCCAACCAGAAACUCUUACAAGGCCUGCUGACACACACACAGAACAACCAGGAGAGCAUCAAGGAAAUAAGCCGUUACAUCAAAGAGUUAAAUAAAGACGGUGUCCCACCUGAGAGAUGGAUCAAUCUACUGCACUGCCUGACUGAAAUGAAUGAUCGCUCUCUCCAUGAAGAAAUUCAAGCUUUUGUCAAGUCUGAAAAUUACAGAACUGAACUCUCACUUGCACACUGCACAGCACUGGCCUACAUGUUUCUGAUGUCAGAGGAGGUGCUGGAUGAGUUUGACCUGAAGAAAUACAAGACAUCAGAUGAGGGUCGUAGGAGACUGCUCCCAGCUGUGAGGUGCUGCAGAAAAGCUCUACUUGCUGGCUGUAAACUCACUGGACAGUGCUGUUCAUCUAUAGCCUCAGUUCUACAGUCAGUAAACUGUCCCCUGAGAGAACUGGACCUGAGUAACAAUGACCUUCAGGAUUCAGGAGUGAAGUUUCUCUGUGUGGGACUGAAGAAUCCACACUGUAAACUGGAGAUACUGAGGCUUAAUGACAGCAGUAUAACAGAAGAAGGCUGUGCCGCUCUGACUUCAGCUCUGACAUCAAAGCCCUCACACCUGAUAGAGCUGAAUCUGAGUGGGAAUAAACUAGGAGACUCAGGAGUGAAACACAUCUCUGCUCUACUGGGGAAUCCACACUGUAAACUGCAGAGACUGCUGCUUAAUGACAGCAGUAUAACAGAAGAAGGCUGUGCUGCUCUGACUUCAGCUCUGACAUCAAACCCCUCACACCUGAUAGAGCUGAAUCUGAGUGGGAAUAAACUAGGAGACUCAGGAGUGAAACACAUCUCUGCUCUACUGGGGAAUCCAUACUGUAAACUGCAGAGACUGCUGCUUCAAAACAACAAUGUGACAGAAGAAGGCUGUGUCACUCUGACUUCAGCUCUGACAUCAAACCCCUCACACCUGAUAGAGCUGAAUCUGAGUGGGAAUAAACUAGGAGAUUCAGGAGUGAAACACAUCUCAACCCUACUGAAAAAUCCACACUGUAAACUACAGAAACUGCUACUUGCUCUCUGUAAACUCACUGAACAGUCCUGUUCAUCUAUAGCCUCAGUUCUACAGUCAGUAAACUGUCCCCUGAGAGAACUGGACCUGAGUAACAAUGACCUUCAGGAUUCAGGAGUGAAGUUUCUCUGUGUGGGACUGAAGAAUCCACACUGUAAACUGGAGAUACUGAGGUUGUCUGGUUGUUUAGUGACAGAUGAAGGUUGUUCUUCUCUGGCUUCAGCUCUGAGUUCAAACCCCUCACACCUGAGAGAACUGGAUCUGAGCUACAAUCACCCAGGAGACUCAGGAGUGAAGCGUCUCUCCACACAGAUGAAUCAACACUGUCAACUUAAGUCAGUACAUGUGGACCAUGGUGGAGAAUUCAUGAUCAAACCAGGAUUAAGAAAAUAUGCCUGUGAUCUCACAUUGGACCCAAACACAGCAAACACACUCCUCUCUCUGUCUGAGGGGAACAGAAAGGUGACAUAUGUGUGGAAGAAUCAGUCGUAUCCUGAUCAUCCAGAGAGAUUUGAUGCGUGUCGUCAGGUCAUGUGUAGAGAGAGUCUGACUGGACGCUGUUACUGGGAGACUCAGUGGAGUGGAAUUUAUGGUGCUGAUAUAUCAGUGACAUAUAAAGGAAUCAGGAGGAAAGGAGAGAGUGAUGACUGUUGGUUUGGAUUCAACGAAAAGUCCUGGAGUCUGUAUUGCCGUGGUAACAGUUACUCUGCCCGUCACAAUAAACAGGAAACUGACAUACCUCACGCCCCCUCACACACAUACAGAGUAGGAGUGUAUCUGGACUGGUCGUCUGGAACUGUGUCCUUCUACAGCGUCUCCUCUGACACACACACACCCACACACUUACACACAUUCCACUGCACAUUCACUGAACCCCUCUAUGCUGGGUUUAGUGUUUCUAACUCAGUGUCUCUCUGUCAAAUGAAAUAA